GGUUACUUGAGUUGAGACACACACACACCUUAUUUAUCAUCCCAGUCUAACAGGGAAGAAAUUAAGUCUCUUUGUACCUGGUGAAGAAGCACAAUGUCCGUAAAAAGUGCAAAGUUGGGACCUGAAAGUCGACCAUCUUCUGCGGCCAGCAUGUCUCCUCGAGGGGGGAGGGGUCCACCAGCUGGCAGAUCCCCGACCGCCGGUAGAUUUAAAAACAAGGCUCUUCAGCUCAGCCUCUCCAAGAAAUUCUGCUCCAAGUCUCCUGCGACUCCAAAAAAGAGCAGCGGUAGUGGUGAGGAGAGCCGUCGGCGCAGUAAAAGGAGCCUCAGCAACAGUUCAGCAGUGGCUGCCGCCUACAUUGCCUACCUCAAUAAACUCUUUGGACAGGAGAGAGAGCUGAUGCCACUGGAGUUAGAUGAGCUGCGAGAGGCCUUCAAGGAGUUUGACUACGAUGCGGAUGGCUUCAUCCAUUACAAAGACAUUGCAGACUGCAUGAGGACUAUGGGCUACAUGCCGACAGAGAUGGAACUCAUCGAAAUCAUCCAGCAAAUCAAGAUGAGAUGGGGUGGCCAUGUAGACUUUGAUGACUUCUGUGAGUUAAUGGGCCCAAGGAUGCUGGCUGAGACUGCACACAUGGUCGGCCUCAAGGAGCUCCGUUGUGCCUUCAAACAGUUUGACAGCAACGGCGAUGGAAAGAUCACGCUGGAGGAGCUGAAGGAUGCCAUGAAGACCCUCCUGGGUGAGAAACUGAAGAAGGGUGAGCUAGAGGAGAUCCUGGGUGACAUUGACCUCAACAAAGAUGGCAACAUCGACUUUGAUGAGUUCGUGAUGAUGCUCUCUGCUCGAUGACCAAGAGGGGAAGAGGACGGCACACAACCACAUCUGGACCUGUAAUUUAGCCUGACUUGCCGUGUAUGGGAAAUUAAUAAACGUGGAGUUGGUGCAAAGGAUGAGUUAUGAAAGGUGUAAUUGAAAGCAAUGGUGCUGCAAUGUCGCCCCCUUGUGGCUUUAAGGGGACACAAGCAUUCCCCUUAUAGAGUUCACUUACAAAUGGGCUUUGGCAAUUGAUUUUUUUAUUGAAAAUUGUUCCGAUCGUUAACUUAAACACAAUCUCUCCAAAAAGCCAAGUGAUUUACAUAGAACAAAGCCAUGAGUGAUGGAAAAAAAACACUAUCUUAACACACUUCAUACCAUGAAAGGAAGGAAUGGUAACCUAGUGUAACUUUAAACCACAAUGUUCAAAACUGUUAUAAGGCAAAUGCAGAAACAGUGCAGGUUCUCAACUCCAGUGCAGUAGGAACUGGAUACUUAAUAUUAAAGGUCUGCCUGACAGACGCAUAUACAGUACACUGAAUGCAAGUUCAUAUUGCAAUAUGCCCUAUUGAAUAUAUUUCAGUAGAAACAUUAGGUCAGAAUGUAUAAAUAUUCUUCCUCAAAACCUAUUUCAAUUGAUUCAACACAGUUGAACAUUUGACUAUAGAAGAGAGAUGCAAUUAGACAUUCUCACGCUUUGUGAGCUAACCUUUGGAAGAUUUUAGUAUGGGUGGAAGAUUUUCAUGAGGAUGAGGAAGCGGGCUCAUGAGUGUUUCUCUGCAUCACCGUAUAUUAGCGAAGUGAGCACAAGAUGUCGCUCAUUAAACAGGCGAUGGAAGCUUCGCACAUACGUAAGCAGGUUGCACUUACUUCAAUUUUUCUGCAGCAUUCUGGAUUUCCCUCUUCAGAAACCAACUUUCUUACCGUUUUCAACAAGGUGUGACGUAACCCAAACCAUCUCAAAGACUACUUAGUAGCUUUCAUGUGAAUAGUACAAAAUCUACAGUCAUCAGAUGUCAGGAAGUUCAUUUCCACAUUCUAAGUGCAAGUCGCACUGUUUCUUUGAGAUUCAUGUCUGAUGGUAACAUAGAAUGUGUGUCAAUGGAAGUAUCCCUGAGGCGGUUUGGCCACAUCUCAACCACUUCAAGAAUGAUUCAGGUUCUUAACUCAGUGGAAGGAUCGGGGGUGGAGGAACAAAAAUAGCCCAUGUAGAAUGCAGAGAAGAGGAAGCCCUAGUUGUUGGGGAUGCUCUGUAGAUAUGUGAGGAUGUGCCGGAUCUUCUCCAGACGCCAUUUGAGGCUGGUCAUGGAGAGGACACACAGCUGGUAGCGCCGGUCGACAGGCAGGACAGCCAGGAGCCACCAGCAGCAUGCUGGACCGUUAGGAGUCGCCUAGACCACAGGAGACAGGACAUUAUAAUUGUCACUCAAAUCAGAAAAUGUUGGCACUUAAAGCAGAACCGACUAUUGUUCAUAUAAUAACCAGGAUUAAUUUUGGCCAGGCUCAAAGUGCAAUUAUAGCCUGGCAUGGGCCGGUUACCGGUUUCAAGGUAUACCAAAGUAUGAAGAAGUCGGUUUCAAAACUACGAAAAUUGUGCGUCAAGUCCUGUUAUUUCUCGCCGUCCAAAGUGGGCUUUGAUGUGUUGAAACCACAGGCGUGUUCUAUGCUGCCAUACAUCGGGCAUAGAUGUGCCAUCUAUGCCUGUGCCAGGCGUUGUUAGCUGCCUCAUUAGCAUUAAGCACCGCCGGUACAGCCUCGCUGUUGUGGGUCGACAUAUUAGUCACGUGGAGGGUCGUCACCAAAUGUGUUAACAAUCCCAAUCCGGAAACGCAAGUUCGUGGAGAAGUGUGACCAGCCACUAUGAAAUAACGUAACAUUACGUAUUUUUAAAAGUAUAUUUAUAUGCUCUGACCUUCUUGGGUCACUUACAUUUAUUUGCAUUUUUCUUUUUUUUUUCUUUUACUAAAAAACAGUAUUGUGUUGUAACUUGAGUUGGCUAUAGGUGUGUUACUUCAUGUCUAAAGGGCUCUGAUAAUGUUAAAAAACGUGAUUAUAAGGUCGCAACCAGAUUUUCUCAGCUCUAACUACAAAAUAUUCAUUUGAUAAAUAAGGAAUCCCACUUUGUGGAAAUUCACUUAUCACGGUCAGGCCUGGAAUCAAUUAACCACGAUAAACAAGGGAUUACUGUUGUAUAUUUACCAACUGUAUUAGGAAAAUGGUUCAAAUACUUGUCAUACUCUUUUCGGACAUGUUGAAUUGUCCAUGUUCCCAAUGUAACUUGUUAAGGACAAACCAUUCCUGUCAUGUGGCUGUUAGCCACGGUAAGAGAUUUUCUUUACAAGGAGACUAAGGACACGCUGCAGCAAAGUGGAGACUGUGGCGUGCACUAUUGCUGGUAUGGGCUCGGCACGCUUGGAGCCUUGGCUUUUGUCAAUGGAAAACCAUCAAAAAUGAGCUUUAUUGAGACUACAUCCACUUAUACUUUCAAUUCCAUGAAGAUGAAAGAAAUUGAGCGUCACAUCUGAUAAUAUAUUUCAUUCACAUUUGGUGAAUAAAAUCCUCCACAGUGCCAGUUCAGCCUGCGCAUCAGAUUGACAAGGGGAUUCUCUUCAUGACACUUGUGACGUAAAAGCACUGAUAGGAUUAGCUAUGAAGCACCCAUAAAGCUCUUCAGCCAAUAUUGUCAAAAGACUCCGCCUCCGUGGGUGUCCUCUGGAGCAGGAGCUGUAAUCCUCUUCACCAUACACUGUACACAACAAGCGCUUUCUAGUAUUAGGGACCUCUAAGGCUGUUAAGUCCACGGUAAUGUAGGUUUCCCGAAAGGAAGCAUCAAUGGAAUUGACUCUCUGGAGGGCCUAGAAGACCUUCGUGGUCUUAUAGAUAGACCAUGCACUCUCCAACUCAUAGGUGCUAUUAAAUUAACUUCACACGUCAUGAAGCCAUAUCUAUGUAUAAACAAACUAUACUUCAUACGCCCCGGUUUUUAUUUCACCAAAAUGUCGCCUCAGUUUUUGUACAAUAUUGCACGUAACAAGCUAGUCCAUUCGCCCUGUACUGUGCUCAAACAAAGCACCCUACGCGUGGCUGACUCACUGUCCAUGCAUUUUUUUUUUUUUUAUUGAGGGCGACUGCUUAAUAACCCGCCAUGGGGCCAAAGAAAGUUGUGAAUGCCAGCAAUUUAAUAAAGAAGGCGAGGAACACUAGUGAAUUUGAUCUUGCCAACAAUAAGUUCCAUCCAUAAUUAUAUUGCAUUGUUUUCUGUAUGUAAAACUAUUUUUUUAUAUUUUUGCAUGUCCCAAAUGGAUUAAUUGUAUUUUUGUUAUUUCCUUUGGGAAAAAUUGCUUCAGUUAUUGUAUGCUUGAGGUUUUUGUCUGAUCUUUUGUCACAAAGUAAUAACGAAAACUUAAGUUAAACCGAAGUACCACUGCACGUUGAACUGAUCGUAAUGAGUGGCAGAGCACCUUUUGGCCCUUUAGAUCAAUAUCUGUUAAGUAGCUUAUACAAACGUAAGCUGGGUAUCAAUACUGUAUUACUCUAUUUAGCCUAAUAUAAGAAUCUCUUUUUCCAAGAUCCGUUUUUGGCACAAUAUUUUUUAAAACCAAAUCGAAGACAAAACUGUUGUUGUUUGAUAACUAGCCCAAGCGGGUCUUUUUUCAGCGGCUGCAUCUCCUCAGAUCACCCAUAAAUUACAGUUUUAAUUUUGGUCCGUAAACACGUGACUCACUCAAGAACUAGUUACAGUGGAAGAAUACACUAUGUGCUCAAUAUUGGCCGCAUUUGUCUCAAUUGCUCAACUGUUAUUUCUCACACUAGAAAUUACUGGCAAUUACCAAAAGUCCAAAUUUUCCUCUCAGACUACUGUCAUUCCGUAUUGAAAGUUGGAACAAGACAAAUCAUCUUAUAUUCUGAAUUGAUUGAUGCUGUACAUGCAAACCAGCAAGAGUUGCCAAAUGAAUUCUUUCCAUGCAUGUCAGAGCUUUUCUUCCUGUCAUUCACACACACGGGGAGACCCUCUAGGGGAAAACAAAGUAUCUCAAAGGUGGGGCAAAACGUGUCUGGAAAAAGAGGUUUUUUCUUAUAUUCUGGACAUGUAGACUGGAAUGCAAAGAUUUGAAAGGAAAAUGUGCAUUUGUGUACAAGGACAAGAACAGGACAAGAGAUGUACCUGGAUAUCAGCUUCUGGCUCUGGCAUUGGUCCAAAGUGCUGUAGGAUCUGGUUGUGAAAGUGCAUCUUGAGAUUCUGGAACCAGGCACGGGCCUGCUCAUACACAGCAUCGUGCAGUUCUUGUAGGCUCUCCAGCUCUUCGCUGUCGUCCACCUACAAGUCAAUAUUGAGCACACAUCGGUGACUUUUCGAGUCUGAAACAGUGGCGAUUAUGUAAGAAGGGCUUUGGCGUCACUGCCAGGAUGAUAGUGGAGGUUUGUACCCGAAUGUCUUCCAAAUGCUCUAUGUCAGCAAUACUGUAACCGUCCCUCAUUCCUCGAGAGAGGACACGGAAGCGAUUCCCUCCAAUGGUGUCCACCACUGAUCUACCAUCAGGCAAGAAGUGGACACUCCGGAUGAUGAGCAUGCAUCCAUAGUCAACGAACCUGCAGGGGAGGAUUCCAUGUUUUUAAUAAAGAAAAAAUGCUUGGCAAGUGACACGUACGUCAUCAAUGUGCUACUAAUGGUAAGAUGCCUACAGCCACACGAUUCAGUCUUUCCAGUUUUAAGGUUUUCCAAGUACAAUGACUUGUACAAACACCUUCUUGUCUGCAGACUUACCCUUUCUGCGGGUCGCUAAUACACAUCCCGAACUGCCGUGUGCCCGUGUCCACGCAGCGGCGGAUCAUGAGGCGGUAACGUGGUUCGAAGACAUGCAGGGGGCAAGGCACGGUGGGGUAUGCCAUGGUACACACAAAGAUAGGCACAUUCUUCGUUAAGCUGAAAGAAAGAUAGACCAAAGACAAUUAGGUCCUCCUCUGGCAAGUAAAACACAAGCCAAGACAAAAAGUAGCUAACUUACUGAGAAAGCUCUCUGGUUUCCUCCAGGUGAGAUUUAGAUCUCUCUUCAUACUCUUUACCCAAAUACUGUUUGAUCAGCACAUCCAAGACACUUGUCACCAUGUACUUCCUACAUGCUAAAUACUUGGGGAGGAGCGGUCCGUGAGUAAACACACGGUACAGUUCUUAAUUACUGACAAUGAAGCAGAAGUGUGCACCCUUCCUCACCUCUUUUAGGCUCUCUUUACAGAGGGGACACUGCGGUGUGUGGUCCAAACAACGUUCCAGACAGUUUUUACAAAAGGUGUGGCCGCAUGGUGUCGUCACAGGCUCGUACAAUAACCUAGUUUGGACACAUGAUCAAAGUCAAGCACUUUCUUGAUCACAUUUCAAAUUUUACAAUCACAAAUAAGCCCCUAUAGACUGAUGCUGUUACUCUCGAAAUCCAAUUACCGUAAUUUCCAGACUAUAGAGCGCACAUGUAUAUUAGCCGCACCCACUAAAUUUAAAGAGAAAAAAAAGAUUUAUACAUAUAUAGGACGCACUUUUCUAAAAGCCGCAGUUGUCCAUGUCGUAACAUGGGAUAUGUAGUACACAGAAAGAUUUUUUAAACUUUUGACUGAAUUAAAAGAACAGUGCGUGUAAUACGGUAAGCUAAACAGUGCCGAACAGUGCCUGUAACUUACCAGAUAAGUCAUUCAUCGCCAUCCUCCUCCUCCUGAACUAAAACCACUCAAGUCGUCUUCUUCAGCAUCACAAUUGAAGAGCCUCAUAAUUCCUUCUUCACACAUUUUUUAAGUCUCUCUCUCUCUCUCUCUCUCUCCUUGUCGCUCUUUGUGUCACUUUUGUCUCGAGCCAUUAGCCAUUUGGCUUGAGCUAAAGCUCUUCAUGGCGGUCCGAGUAGUCCAAACAGAAGCUGUAGUAAUUCUACACUUGAUCAAACUUACUUAAGAUGUGUCAGAGAUCGCUGCAUAAGACUUCAAAACAUCAAGUCUUCACUACUUCCUGAAGCUGCACUCUAAGCAUCAUGGGCAUUGUAGCUUUUAGCCAUAAAUUAGCCGCUUCACUGUAAAAGUCGCAGGUUUCAAAGCAUGAGAAAAAAGUAUCGGCUUAUACACCCCUGAUUAAGAUCUUAAGAUCAGUUGAAAAAUUGCAAUAAUUUACAUUUUGCACUGUUGGAUCUUAAGCAAGUUCAAAGUUGAGCUUCAAAAUGCAAAAAGAAUAAAUCGGUAGUGAGACAAAAAAAAAAAUUAAUAAGCAAUUUACUGCAAGCUUAAGACCAUAGAUAAAAAAAACUUAAUACUGCCCAAAAAUAUAAAAAUGUGAGAAUGUUGACAUUGAAUCCACAUUUUUGCCAAGAUUUUGGCGUUACAAAGGCCUCAAUGGGUCUUAACUUUUGAUCAGCUGAUGAACAGCCCAUUUCACUUGUUUGCAAUAAAUUGCUUUCAUUUUGAAGCUCUACUUAGAACCUCCUUAAGAUCCAAACAGUGCAAAAUGUAAAUUCUUGCAAUUUUUCAACCAAUCUAAGAUUUUGAUCAAGAGUGUACACCGGAAAUUAUGUUAGUGUACGUAGCCUCACCUCAUGCAGAGGGCACACUCAAGAUCAUUGGGGUCAAUGAGGUUCUGGGAAACACUUCUACAGGUUUUAGCUUGGGCUUUUUUGGAGCUUUUCUUCAAACCUUUAAGAAAUGAAAAGAAUGCAAUCACUUUAGUCAAACUGGAAAAUAUAUAGUCAUCCCUCGUUUAUCGCUGUUAAUUGACUCCAGACCAGACCAUAAUAAAUGAAUUCACACAGAGUACGAUUCCUUAUUUAUAAAUCAAAUAUUUUCUUAGCGCAUAAAAAACCUGUUUACCACCUUCUACAUACGUUUUUUAAUUUUAUUAUGGCCCUCUAGACAUAGAAUAACACCCACCAAGUCAUAAAUAAAAUUUGUGCUCGUGUGUGUUUCAAGAAAUGCCUUCCUGAGAUUUAAAGUUGAUUUUUAGCUGGAGUACAGCCCCAACAAUACCACGUUUUGUUAUUAUUAUUAUUAUAAUGAUGAUGAUUAUUGUUAUUAUUGUGCUUGUUAGAUAAUUCAAACCUGCAAUAAUUGGUGAUAACGACCAAGUCUGGAAAACACUUAAUUUUGGCCAAGAAUCAAAAUUUUGAGUAAAAUGUGCUUAAUAUGCAUAUUUUUAACUAAUAAUAUAAACAAAUAAUAGAAACGGGUCAUUUAAAUAAUUUUUGAAAAACAGCCAAAGUGAGGGCGUGAUGUCUGAACCGCAAUGUGACGAGGAAUGACUACAGUAUCACAGUCCCCACAUUUCAGCCAAAUUUCACAACAUUGUCACUUUUCAUUUUACUAUCUUUUCAAGGGACAACACUGUAGAUGUGAAGAACUGUCGUUUUUUUCUGUUAAAGCCACACGAGAUUGGUGAAAAUGCAUGGUGCAGUAUGCCUUGACACUAAGCAAAAGGUGGCCGGAGGCGUUGGACACACAAGCAAGCUGGAAAUGUGAGGAAAAUGUGUAGCAGGAAACUAUCAUCUUCACUACAGACAACUGACCUGGGAUGCUGCUUUUUCUUUUAGUUUUGCACAUUUUCAUUUGCCUUUUGCUGUGUAAUGGGCUGUUAAUGUUGUGUUGUUUCAUUGUAAAUAGUUGGAAAUGCACAAGUAGUACAAAUCAGAUUGGACGUUUUUUGUCCGAGAUGGGUCUCUGUUUUUGUAGAAAUGUGUUCUAUGUUGAGCACAUAAAUUAGGCCACAAAAAUAAAACAUUUUUACAUGACAAAUUUAUUUGAAUGUAUUAGAUAUUAAUUUACCGGUAAGCAACAAAAAAAUCAGAGCCAUUUAGAAGCCGAAUGAGCUGGCUCUUUUUAGGGAGCCGAGCUAAAAGAACCAGCUCCCUUAAAAGAUCUGAUAUUCCCAUCACGAGUGUACAGCUGGGAUAGCAGGAUAGCUUUACUACAUUGAAAAUAACUGAAAACACAGUAAGUGUUGAGAUUCAUAUUUUCCCACAAUGAAACUCCCCAGUGCUGGCAGCACUCAUGCCGCCCCAGACCAUGUCGACAAUUACCUGGUACUCACUUGUCCUACCAGCUAUUUCGACAAUAACGGCUGUCUGUGGAGUCAUUUUCAGAUUCUUAUAGUAUUGUCCCUUAAGAGGCUGUCAUAAAAAUGGUUGUUUUGUAUGACUUAACUACUCAGUGUAACCACUAACAAUCCUGAGGAGAACAAAAGAAAUCCCUGCACAAUGACCUACCUUGUUUUUUAUGCUUGCUACCCCCCUUGUCCACAAUGCAAAGCUCUGUGUCACAAACAGACAACUUCCUCUUCAGCAAGGUCGUCUUCUCCUCGCCUCCAAGCUGAGGAGCGGAGCAAACCCUCUUCAGACCCCCACCGCCGAUCGCAUUGUCAAAUCGAACCGAAUCAGCUCGGCUCAGACCAGGACGCUUAAGACUCCCCCGGCGUUUCUGUGGAGUCAAAAAGAAAAUGAUGAGGAUAUUCUCACAUACAAAUGCAAAGCCUUAUGGCUGCAAUUCUUCUCUGCAGACCCGCUGUUUGUCUAUUUGCCUGUGUGCCGACACAGCACUGACCUGUUGUUGGCUCAGUCUUUGGACUGGACUAUGUUGUCUGGCUUGUGCAUCAGCCACAAUGGUUUUAUUGUGCAGAUGGGCCACUGGGUUUUGUGCCGUUUCCCUCACAAUGACCUUGACGUUGUCACCGGACGAAGAGAGCAGGUCGCAGAAGAUCUGUAAAAAAAAAAAAAAAAAAAAAAUGUAGUAAUGCAGUAUAUGGCCAUUCCCAUAGUUUUUUAUCAGUCCAACUGGUCAUUGUCAACACAUUUAUUUGUUGAAUCAGUCUCAUUUUUCCUUUUAAAGAUUACCAACAGUGGCUUCUGACGGUUUCAUGUCAAACUAGUGCCAAGCAGAUUCUGCGUUAAUGCAAGUUUGUUAUUGUAUACAAUGGCACAACUCUGUCGCUUAUACACUCCUGAUCAAAGUCUAGACCAGUUGAAAAAUUGCUAGAAUUUGCAUUUUGCACAUUUGGAUCUUAAUGAGGUUUUAAGUAGAGCUACAAUAUGCAAAAACAAGAAAGGGGGGAGUGAGACAAUUUUGAAGAAGUAAUUUAUUGAAAACAACAAUUAAACUGAAAUAGGCUGUUUAUCAGCUGAUCAAAAGUUUAAGACCAUUGCUCAAAAAAUAAAAAAAAACUCCAAACCAGAACAAAAAAUGUUCUCAGUAGGACUCAGUAAUGAGUAGCUCCACCCUUCUUGUUAAUCACUUCAAAAAUUGGUUUGUGCAUGCUUGAUGCGAGUGUUUCCAGGAGGCUAGUGUGAACAUUUCUCCAAAGUGGUGAAGAUGACUCCACGAAGGGCAUCAACUGUCUGGAACUGAACUUCCCUUGCCAUCCAUCUCUAAAUGUUCUCUAUGGGAUUUAAAUCAGGGGAACAUGCAGGAUGGUCCAAAAGAGUGAAAAAGUCCUUGGUCAAGCGAGCAUUGUGAACUGCAGCGUUGUCCUGUUGAAAAACCCAGCUGAUACCACACAGACGAGGGCCCUCAGUCAUGAGGGAUGCCCGCUGCAACAUCUGCACGUAAGCAGCUGCCGUUUGACGACCUCGCGCCACCUGAAGCUCCAGUGUUCCACUGAAUGACAAAGCACCCCAGAUCAUGAUGGACCCUCCACCACUGUGCCGGGUAGAAAACAUCUCAGGUGGGAUCUCCUUGUCAUGCCAGGAACGUUGGAAGCCAUCUGGAUCGUCAAGGUUACAUUUUUUCUCAUCAGAGAAUAAAACUUUUUCCCACCUUUCAAUGUCCCAUGUUUGAUGCUCCCUGGCAAAGUCUAAAAGGGGAGUUUUGUGGCAUUGAAGGUGACAAGGUCUUUGAAUUCCUUUUUUGUUUUUUAAACCCUUUUCCAGCAGAUGCCGUCUGAUUGUUAUUGAGCGGCAGCCGGCACCAGUAAGGGCCUUAAUGUGGGUCGAAGACCGCCCUGUGUCUUCUGUGGUCAGCCAAUCGGAUCCUCCGGCUCAGCGCAGGUGUGACUUUUUUGCGUCUACCACUUGACUUUUUUGUUCCAUCAUGCUCAGGAUCUUUCAAAAAAUUUAGAAUGACUGAUUUACUGCACCCAACCUCAGCAGCAAUGGCACACUGCGGCCUCAACUAUAAAGCUUGCAUAUGCACCAAAGCGGGUCAAAAACGUACAAACACCAUUCCACGCCAAGUAUGUGAUCUAUAAAAACCAGAGCUGCUGAUCGAUUAAAAUAUUUAAUCGCUUAUAGUUAACCUAUAAGUCAAAUGAUUAACAUUCUUAAUCAGAUUAAUCACGGUUUUCAAAUUAAUCAUGAUUAAUCACCAUGUCACAUGAAAUGUCACACGAAGUCAGCUAUACCUUAUCUAAUCACCAUGUCACACUAUGUUAGCUGUACAUUAUCAUAUUACCUUAUCAUUUUCCUCUGUAUUUUAAACUAGUAAAGAGUACAUUUAAGAUACAGGAAGUGAACCAAUGUAUGUGAAACAGGUGGUGGGUAGGAUUAAAUAAGCUUUGCUUCUUCCUAUUCUUUUUUGGACAUGUAGAACAGUGAAAUGUACUAUGUGAUGUAUUCCAAAGUAACUUGUAUGCAUGUUCAAAAUAA